CUCUCUUUCUCUCUCUCUCUCUCUCUCACACACACACAGUCUUUUUGAAACUCUUUCCAUUUUUUCUUUCUUUCCCUUCUUUACUUUGGAUGUCUCUCACUGCUCAGCAGACAUGUCCGAGCCAGUCAGCAAUGUGGAGCAUCCUCCAAGUCUUACCAUGCCACGAUCCAUGCCGAUCGACGACCGGGAUCUUGAAGAUGGUCCACUCUUUCGCGCCACCGUAACUCAACUGGAAAGCAAGACCAGCGCUCUGAAACAAAACGUCAAACGCAUCCUCAAAGCCGCAACUGCAUCUUUGGAGGCCAAGCGAGCCAUGGUCGAAGCCGACGAGGCGUUUAUCCAUGUCCUCCAAGAAAUUCCGAGCAUGGACCCACUCUUCACGCACUAUCUCAACACGACAGCUCCGAAAAUGCACGAACAAUGGGAACGUAUGCAGCACUCGAUGCAGUCGUUGCUCAUCGAUCCACUGCAAAAGCUGUAUGAGAUGGACAUCAAGGCCGCCGAAGCCAAACGCAGACAAUUUGACGACGAAAGCAAGCAAUACUAUGCCUAUCUGUCGAAAUACCUCAGCAUCAAAAAGGACAACAUUGCAAAAAAGGACAGUAGCGAGGCAAAGCACCAGGCCAAAAAGCACCACUUUGACAUUAGCAAGUUUGAGUAUCUAGCGUUUCUGGACGAUCUGCAUGGCGGCAAAAAGAAUCAGGAAAUCAUGUAUUACUUGCUCAGCUAUUAUCAGAAACAGUUUGCGUUUUAUCAGGCCGUCGCUGCCUCGUUGGAACCAGCCAAGCCUGGUUUGGACGGCUUGGCGAGUUUGAUGGCCGAUGUUUCACGUGAGCAGGAUUUGGUCAACAAGGAAAGGAACGAGAAACGGAAACUGCUAGGGAUGCAGCAGCAGCAACAGCGCAGUUCAUUGGACGAGCAGCAUCCACUGUCUCCAACAUUGCAACCUCAACAACAGCAACAACAACAGCCAUCCAUCGUCGAGCCACCCGAUGUAUCUGCCCCUCAAGUAGAUGAAGACAAGUUUCGAGGCAUACGUGAUCUACAGCAACAACCCGACCGGGAUCUCGUUUCAGGUUGUGGGCGCAGAAAGGAGGGCUUUUUGUUUGCCACAUCAAAGCCUUUGAAAAGCACCAACACAUUUGACAAGGCAUCUGGCGCAAUGUGGCACAAAUACUGGUGCGUAGUAAGCGGAGGACAACUGCAUGAAUACAGUAAUUGGAAAGGACAACUGCAAACGCAUAUCGAACCCAUCAAUCUCCGGUUCGCAACGGCUCGAGAAGCACGGAACACAGAACGACGGUUUUGCUUUGAAGUCAUCACGACCCAUUUCCGACGCGUGUAUCAGGCCACAUCACAAGAAGAAAUGCAGAGCUGGAUGGCUACAAUCAACAAUGCUAUCGAAAGUCUAUUAAACGGUAUGAGCAGCUCGGUCGACUUGUUGAAAAAUAUGGAUAUGCAACCAAAGUCGACGACCAAAAAGAGACACGGACGAUCCUUGAGUGGCGCAUUACGGCUAGGAUUGUCGCAAGGAAGCAGUAGCGCUGGCGGUACGGGUGCUUUAGGUGGUACGGGUGGUGGGAACAGUAGUAUAGCUUCGGGCAACAUGGCUACUACAACCACGAGUUAUCUCAAGAAACGGGCAAGCAAUCUUAGCGGCGGUGACGCUGGAGCUGAUCUAUUGGCCGCAGUAGCAGCAAACAACGGCCGAGCAAACGAACUACCAGCAUCUUCGGAGAACAAGUUUCGCUGGUCUGGCUUGAGCUUUGGUCGUUCAUCGAGCACAAGCCAUCAUAACAACCAUCACCGCUCGUCAUCGUCAUAUAAAUUUGAACCUACUGUUGUGAAUACCCAGUUAUUAUCGCAGUUGAAACAAGAUCCAUCCAAUAGGUAUUGUGCAGACUGUGGAGACGAAAAUCCAGAUUGGUGCUCGCUUAAUCUGGGCAUUGUGCUUUGCAUAGAAUGCUCUGGAAUUCAUCGAUCGCUGGGCACACAUAUAUCCAAAGUCAGAUCACUGACACUCGACUGCACGUCCUAUACCCCUGACAUUGUCGCUCUUCUUCGUGCCAUGGGCAAUGCUCGAUCCAACGCCAUCUGGGCUGCCAACGCCACCGAGGGUUGUUGUGCCAAAGCAGACGAUAACCGCCAAAUCAAACUCAACUACAUCCAAACCAAAUAUGUGGAUCGUGCAUUUGUAGCCGCAGCAGCAGCAGCACCGACCACUGAGGAUCCGCAAACUUUAUUAAAUGAAGCGAUCGACACGGAUGCUAUUCCCGCAGCGAUGCACGCCAUUGCACUCGGCGCAAACAUCAAUGCCUGUCGCAUAACCGAAUCAGCACAAAAGAUACCAUUGCUCAGCGACGACCAAGACGACGAUGACGAAUGGCAAAGCCGUGUACGCGAAAACAGUAGCGAUCGUCUGGGCGACUUUUAUAUUCGAUACCCUCUUCAUUUUGCCUUACUUCAUGGACGCGCCUCCGUAGACGACGACCUGGAUCGCGAUCAUGUCUAUCCCAUGGCCGAACUCUUGUUACAGAACGGCGCAGAUACUGGAUUGGUGGACUCGGACACAGGUUACACUUUAUCCGAGUUGGUCGGCAUUGGCCAUGUUGUCGACGACGAGGCAAUCACUUACCUUAAUAGUAAAAACUCGGCCCGUGGCCAGUCGCCUAUCCUUCGAUCCAGCAUGCCACCCCCUUCAUUACUCCACGAUGACUGCGAAAGCCAUCAUGCAUCUUGUACAUUACAUAACGAUAUUAGUAGUAAUAAGUAAUUUUUGUUAUUGUUCUUUCUUUUUAUUUUAUAAUUAUUUUGAACACAAAUAUAAUCUAGUACUAGUAAUAGUAUAAUUUCUAUAAUCCAAAAGA